CCAAGGUUUUUACUCACUUUUCCCAGAACCCUUCAAAUCCCCCGCAAAAUCCUAGUUACUUUCGGUUUGUCACCAGAAAAGUAUUCCGACAACGUCACUUUCUUGUUGUGGUAUUCCUGUCCUUUCUUAAUCUUUUGCUGGCCGUGUUGUGAUCACAAGGCCAAAAUGGGUAGGCGCCCAGCAAGAUGUUAUCGUUAUUGUAAAAACAAACCAUACCCGAAGUCGCGUUUCUGUCGCGGUGUACCCGACAGCAAGAUCCGUAUCUUCGAUUUGGGCAAAAAGAGGGCCCCGGUGGAGGAUUUCCCGCUAUGCGUCCAUUUAGUGUCUGACGAGUUGGAACAGCUCAGUUCCGAAGCUCUUGAAGCCGGACGUAUUUGCUGCAACAAAUACCUGGUCAAAAACUGCGGCAAAGAUCAAUUCCACAUCCGUAUGAGACUCCAUCCUUUCCACGUUAUUCGCAUCAACAAGAUGUUGUCCUGUGCCGGAGCUGAUAGGCUCCAAACUGGAAUGAGAGGUGCGUUCGGCAAACCUCAAGGUACCGUGGCCCGUGUCCGCAUCGGACAGCCAAUCAUGAGCGUGCGCUCCACCGACCGUUUCAAGGCCCAAGUUAUAGAGGCUCUCCGUCGUGCCAAGUUCAAGUACCCCGGCAGGCAAAAGAUCUACAUCUCCAAAAAAUGGGGUUUCACCAAAUACGAGCGCGAUCAGUACGAAACGUUGAAAGGCGAAGGCAGAUUAGCUCCAGACGGUUGCAAUGUACAGUACAGGCCAGACCAUGGACCACUUGCCGCAUGGAAGAAGGUGCAGGACGAUAUUUACGCCUGAAAGUGUAUUUUUAUGUUCUGACUAAAUUUAUUUAAAAAAUAACAAAAC